AUGGAUCCCCAGAGCGUAGCGUUCCAGCCGCGCGACGAUUUCUGGCGCAUCCAAAGCGAGAUGCUCCGUGUGCAGGAGAGCCAAGCUGACCUCGCUGACCGCGUUGCUCGUUUGGAGCGCAAGCAAGAGGACGACUCGCGCCUGAAGAACGUCUGGGGGACAUCUUCGCCCUUUCCCUCUGUCCUGGGAGGCACACCGCAGCAAGGCAUGAUGCCCCUGCAACAACCGACAGCUGAGCACUUCUCCAACUUUGACGACCAGUCGAGUAAUCUCAUCGGCAACCUCCAACUCGAUGCUGAUGAAGAGCCUCGCCGGAUAGGCGCUACCUCGCGUGCAAAUAGUGUUCGUUUUGACGAAACGGCCAACCAUGGCCAUUGGGCGCACGCGUCGCGUUCGUCACUGGAUCUCAUACCCCGCACUGGCAGCGGCAUGGGCGGGCACGUCAUGAGCGAGCGCAGCUAUUCGCACAAGUCGGACGGUAGACAGAGCUCAGCUGGACACUCGGUCCAUUCCAUGGCAUCUGGGCGCGCAAACAGCCUUACAAGUUGUGGACCGACGACGCCCCAAGACGCCCCAGGACUGGCUCCUGGCUUGUUUAUACUCGGCUCCGUGCCGGCCAUAAUACGUUGCUGGCUCAACACUAACUUCAAGCACGACACCCUGCUGUAUGCAGCCGUGUGCUCCGGCUCCUACACUUCAUAUCUGGAUAUGCACCUAGUCGAGCAUCUUGGCUUCCAGGACCAGGUCAUCUUGGCCGAUGACGGGCUCCGCAAGAUCAAGCUCUCUGUCUAUCUCCCAGAAGCCGUGCCUGUUUCAGCCUCAUCACGCUCAAACAGCCCGGCGCCUCAGCUACCAUCUGUUGCCGUGGAUUUCACUAUCAUCGAGGAGCAUAGUGCCGCGACCAAUCCAAAGGCUAUUCAGAUCCUCCUUGGCAGCGACAUGCUUCGAGCACACAAUGCCGACUUACUGUUCUCUUGUAGUCAGCUAACGCUAUAUGAUGAUGAUCACAGCAAACUGCAGAUACCCCUGGUGCGCCCGGAAGACGAUCGAGCGUUCAAGUCUCUGCAUGUCUCUAGUGUAUCUCGUGCUUCGACCAUGGAGCGAGGCUCUGUACCCACCUCAACACGUGUUGACACCAUGAGCGAGAAUCCCUCUCAAUCAGCAGCACAUGAGCAGUUUCCGUCGGCUGACAAGUCCAAUGGCAUAGGCACUGCGCCCAAUUCUGAUGAUGGCGGAUCGAGUGGGCGGACGAGUCUUGAGCAGCGUCCGCAUAUCGCUCUUUCAGCAUCGAGUCGCUCUGAUACUAGGGAGACACAAGAUUCGGCUUCUGCCAAUGGGGCACCUAGAUCAGGUGCAUCCCCAGCUAUCUGGAGCAGUUGGCGCCGGGAUCAAGGCGAAAAGACAAGCACUGGUUCUGCUUCGUUGGAUUGGGCUAGUGUGGGUAAAACCGCAAGCUCGAAUCCCAGCUAUCAACGCCGUGAUACGGGUAUAAAGGUGCUAAAGCCGUCAAAAGCGGCGGGCGUCGCCAAGCUCGCCUAUGCUCUCAGCCUUGCAGAGCAUUGCAAACAGAGUGACGACGGUCAAUGUUGUCACGUGUCAAGAGACAGCUACACGGGGGCAAGCUCGCCCAGUGAAGCCUACGCCAACCUCACCCUCGACACCCACGACGCCUACAUUACUGAUCUCGACCGUACACGCACCGCCGAACAAGUCGCCCAACGCCCGCCUCCACGAGCUUCUUCACCCGCCAAGCGCCUUCAUUCAGACAUGGACGACAAAGCAGACGUGGACAGCAGCACCUCGUCCAACCCUCGCACUAGCAAGCCACUGCCAGCCGGCGCAUCACAGCGCAGUGCACGCGCCGCGUCGGUAGACAUGGCAGACGCGCCCGGCAGUGCCAGUCCCGAGGGCAAUCAUGGCGAUACGGCUUCCCCGUCCAACGACGAUGCACAGUCGUCCAAUCUCCCCAGCAUCGAUGAGCAGGUCACCCGCGUCAUGGGCAUGAUGUCCAGUUCCCCUCUGGUAGACGGACAGGAAGGCUACAUCAUCUCGGAGCGCUGGCUGGAGCGGGUUUGGGCGAGGACAUCGGAGAACGUCACAAGGCCCCAGGAUUUCAGCAAGGAAGCCACACAGGGUCCAGUUGGUCCCGUCGACAACACACACCUCGUGGACACGCAACUGCUACAGGAAGAACUGCUUGACCAGAACGGCGAUAAUUUUAUCCCUCUGAGCAAGGCAGCCACGCUUGGUCAGGACUUUGAGAUCUUGCCUCGCAAGGCCUGGGACUUGGUAUUGAGCUGGUACGGGCACAAGGCGACGUCACCUGUGAUACGGCGGCACGCCCAUAAUACGGUACCGGGCCAGUAUUCCAUGGAUAUUUCAUACGAGCUACAUCCGCCCAUCAUUACUAUACGAAAAGUGCGGAAAACGCCAAAUGCAAAGGAAAAUACAAAACCUGCCGAGAAGAUCGUCGCGAGCCGAUACGAAAGCUUUGUCGCCUUCAUCGACGCUGCAAAGAAGGCUGUGGGUAUCGAAACUUCCAACAAGGUUCGCAUGUGGAGAAUCCUAACAUCGGCGUCAACCGACCAACCUCAGCCAUCUCAAAGUGCCGGCAUACUUACUCCAGACGCUUCGCCACGUAACGGCUCGCCCGUUGCGCCAGCACCUGGUGUCCGGCCGUCUCUAGUCAUGGACGUCGCAGACUUCAACAGCCUUGCAUAUGGGUCAGAACGUGAGCUCAUUACCGGCAAGGACGAGAAGGCGAAUGAGGAGGAUAAUGAAUCUUUGACCCUGGCCGAUGCCGGUCUCACACAGGACCAAACCAUUGUGCUUGAGGAACAUGACGAGCAGGGUGAGUACAUCUCAGAUACGACCAAGGUGGCGUCCAAGAACAAGGCCGGUUCUGUGGCUAGCAAAGGCCUACAGAGCAACCCGAACAGCGGGAGGACUACCCCAAGCGGAGGGCCCAUGACUCGCUCAAGGAAACAGAACGGCAAGGUCAGAGGUCAUGUCGGGCUCACCAACCUCGGCAAUACCUGCUACAUGAACUCAGCUCUACAGUGUCUCCGAAGUGUUGAAGAGCUGAGCAUGUACUUUUUGAACAACAAGUGGAAAGAAGAGAUCAACGUCGAUAACCCCAUAGGCCACAAGGGUGUCAUUGCCAAGUCGUAUGCUGGCCUGCUCAAUGCCAUCUUCAGCCUCGAUAACAACUCUGCUGUCUCUCCCAAAGACUUCAAGCAAAAGCUUGGCAAAGCGAACACUUUGUUUUCAGGAUAUGGGCAACAGGACUCCCAGGAGUUUGUCAGCUGGCUAGUCGACGCGUUACACGAAGACCUCAACAGGAUACAAAAGAAGCCCUAUUGUGAAAAUCCCGAUUCUACCGAUGACACUUUCCGCGACCCGGAGGCCAUACGAAAGCUCGGCGAGGUCUAUCGCAACAACCACCGUGCUCGAAACGACUCGGUAGCUAUGGAUUUGUUCAGUGGCUUCUACAAGAAUACCAUGGUCUGCCCAGAUUGCGAGAAAGUCAGCAUAACUUUCGACCCAUACAGCCAGCUCACCCUGCAGCUGCCCAUAGAACAGACCUGGUCGCAUACCGUCACGUACGUGCCGCUCUACGGCAAGCCUUAUCAGCUCGAGGUUGACAUCGACAAGAAUGCCACAAUCAAGUCCCUGAAAGAUUUCAUUGUUCUCACGCGGGACGAAGCUAAAGAUUACGAUGCAAUUCUAAGAAAGGUUUUGGUCAAGGUCUCUCAGAUGACUACUCGAAAGAUUCUUAGCGAGCUCAGCAGUCUAGAUCAAUCACGGCCUGGCUCUGAUGUUGUGCUGACAACAGAAGAAGAUGCGUCACCGAACGAUCCACAGGUUAAAGAUGGGUCCGUCGAAGGUGAAAAAGAUAUGGUCGAAGUCACAAUGACGGAUUCAAACGAGGCAACCCCGGCCCAAACUGACGAGGCUAACCAAAUACCUGAAAUCCUCCGACCGGGUAGCUAUAUUCACCCCGAGUUUCGGCACUUGUUCGAAAUGAAACAUUCUCGGAGGGGUACCGAGAUUGUCACCACUGGCUGGAGCACCAUCGACGCCGCACGCGCACUGGAGCCAAUCCACAAGCGUGUACGAAUACCGCCCUCAAGAGAAGAGUCUGUGCAGUCAUCCACAAAUGGAAGUUCGACCGCAUCCAGUGACGAGGAUGAGGAUACAUCUCAAUCGACUGUUGUUGAUGCCAAUGCUGCGAUUGAUGCAGCAAAUGUCAGCAGCGACGAGGAGAUGCAAUCAACCGAGCCGAGCGCGUCGGACUUUGCUCGAUCUGGUCGCCAGAACAAGAAGAAGAGUAAAAAGGCGCGGAAACACGAACGUAAAAUGGAACGCAAGCACAAAAACAACAAGAAUUUCAAGCAUCGAAAGGGGGGCAAGGUAGUAGAUGAGCCGAAUUACCCAGAGGACCCAGAAAACGACAGUGACGAGAGGUUGAUCCGUAUGGGCGAGGCACUCGUUCUCGACUGGAAUGCGGAAUCCAUGGAUGCUUUGUUUGGAGCUAGUUCAGAUGAAGACGCCAGGGGUAUGGACGUCAUGAAGCUCAUUGAAGUGCUUGAUGACCCGGAAAUCCAGGAGAAGAAGGCGAACCGUGCUGCUCGUAGGAAGAACGGCAUUAAUCUCGACGCGUGUUUUGUCGAAUCUUCAAAGAGCGAAGUGCUUUCCGAGGACAACGCAUGGUAUUGCAGUCGUUGUAAGGAAUUGCGCAGGGCGACAAAGACACUAGAAAUCUGGACAGUGCCGGACAUACUGAUCAUACACCUCAAGCGCUUCAGUGGUCACCGAACGUUCCGAGACAAGAUAGAAGAAUUGGUAGACUUCCCAGUCGAGGGACUAGACCUGUCAGGUAAAGUCGGAUUUCCCGAAGAUAAAGACCUUACCUAUGAUCUGUUCGCUGUCGACAACCACUAUGGUGGACUUGGAGGUGGACACUACACGGCUUACGCUCAAAAUUUCUUCGAUAAGCAGUGGUACGAAUACAACGACGACCAACAACCGCGUUCUCGCUCGCCGGCGGGAAACGGCUCGCGCCUCGACGGCUCGUCCCGCAAUGGGUCGUCGACCGCUGGCGCUCUAGGAGCGGGAGUCGGAGCCCUGCGCGGGGGUGGCUAUCAGCGCUCAGCAGCCGAGAACCUUCCAAAGAACGGAGCAGGAGCCGCGAGCCUGAGUGACGAGGAACUACCGUCGUAUGAGGAUGUCGACGAGGGCUUUGCCGAAGAGUCGUACGGCACGACUCCGUGGGAGGGCAUCAGCAGCAUCAACGACCAGCCUCUCUGGAGUUUCAACUCCCUAAACGAUGGCAACGCCAGGAAUACCGCAGACUCGGAUGAUGAUGGCAUUGCAUCAGACACGGGUGCCCAGGGAUCCGUCGGUGAUAGCAUGGAACUCCGUGAUAGAUUGAUGGAGGACUUUGGCGACGACGAGGGUCCUGGAAAGGGACCGUGGAGCGGUGGUAUGGGCACUCCCGUUACACAACAAGAAGACGACGUUGCAGAAAUCAGGCUCGUGGAGGAGUGA